AUGACCAUCAUGGCGAACGGAAACUCCGAAAUGGACCGCCCAAUCAUUCUUUCUCCUCCUCCAUUGGAUCUGUCGAUACCGGUGGGUCACAGUGAGAGACAACCAAGUCUUGGGUUUAAUUUGCAGCAUGAGUUUGAAACGUUGACUGCCGACUUGGAUUUGGAUUUGAACCACAGGCAAUCGAUUAGUCAAUCUUCAAGGUCCAAGACAUUAUCCUCAUCGGGAGAUUUGUUGGUGCCGCAAGCAUCUCGGUAUGGCUUUGGCGACAUGUCGUCUUCGUCUUUGCUUCAAGAUUCCAACGGCACUUCGGGUCAUAAUUUCUUGAAGGGAAACUCGCUGUUCCCAGCUGGGCAUUCCAUGCCUGAGCGUCCGCAAUCGGUGAACGAUUUUUCCAAUUUUUUUGGCAGUCAUCAGCCAAUUGCACCUCAGCCAUUAGACCAAGCACCCAAUUUUUAUCUGGAGUUGAUAAGAUAUACCAACUGGAUAAAUGGGUUAAACCCCCAGGAGAGCUCGACUAUGGUUGAGUACUUGGCCAACAAUGCAUCAUUUGAUGUGCUUCUUUCACUUCGUUCCAAAAUCGAGUCGAAGCUUCAAAUGAUGCAAGGCGGAUUACAGUCUUCAAUCCAAUUGGGUCAAUCUCUUCCACCCUCGGUGCACUCUGUGCCCCCUGGUAUGUACGGAGGACCUUCAUCGUACAGCCAGAACUCCGAUCUCGUUCACGAUAUGGAACAAGUUUCACUCAACUCGUCAUCUCUCAGUCAUAUGGACGGUAGCAACUUGUCGUUACACCAACCCAAACCAAAGAGUAACCCAAUGCGUGGCGGCCAACUCUUCGAGGGAGGUGUGAGGGCCAAAUCUGCUGAACCAAGCAUUAAUGGAAAGAUGCCAAUGUCGGCUGGCGCAAAUCCAAUGGAUCGCACCAAGUCUCCCACUUCGCAUCUUUACGAAAAGACCAAUUUUUUGCAACUUGCAGCCGGGAAUUCUGCCUCACCUAACCACCAAGGCGGACAGCUCCGAAGCAACAACUCUGAUGAGUCCUUAGACAUGUCUCAGGCUGCGUUGAAAUUGGGUGCAUUGGCUACCAUAAAUUCUCGAGUCGCAUUAGAUUCUAGCAAGAAGAAUUUCCUGCCUAACAAUUACCAUAGACAUCAUUACAUGGAGGGAAAUGACCAGAACCGGGCACAAAAUAAGAUGACCAAAUCUCCACCAAAUUCCAAGAAUAAAAGACCUUCAAAUUCACCGGAAUUGUCUAGAUCAUAUGGACAUUCCAGUGAUCCGGGACAUGUCAAUCUGCAGAUGCCUCUGGAUGUAACUAAUCCUGAGCUUUUGGAAAAUAUCCCGGCAUGGUUGAAGAUCCUUCGACUUCACAAGUACACCGAUUGUCUCAAGGACAUUCACUGGCGUGAUCUUAUAGAGUUUGAUGACGCCAAGUUGGAGGCCCAAGGUGUGAAGGCAUUGGGGGCCCGCACCAAGCUUCUUAAGACGUUUGAUGCGGUGAAAAAGAGAACAUAA